UUGGCAACAAUGAAGUGGAGAUUUCUGUGGUUGUGUUUCCUCGCUUUGUCCGUUGCCGGUGUCAUCAAUGUCCAUGCCAGACAGGCUCGCAACCAUGUCGGCAACGUCUGCAGCACGUGGGGCAGAGAGCAUUUCAAGACAUUUGAUGGUGAUGUGUAUCAGUUCCCUGGAAUGUGUGAAUACAAUCUGGCCUCCGACUGCCACAAGUCCUACCAGGAGUUCUCAGUACACAUGAAGAGGACAGAGGAUGAUGGAGACCCUACAGUCAGUUAUGUGGUGGUCACCAUCGGUGACCUUUCAUUCCACCUCACCAAGAGCCGGGUCACUGUGAAUGACCUUCCUGUCAAAAUGCCAUACAACCAGGCAGGGGUACAAGUAGAAAAAAAUGCUGUUUACUUCAAGCUCCAAUCCAAAAUCGGCAUCGUUGUCAUAUGGAAUGGUGACGAUGCAGUCAUGGUGGAAGUCGAUCGUGACUAUGCUAAUCGUACUUGUGGACUUUGUGGAGACUUCAAUGGUGUUUCUGUCUACAAUGAGUUCAUUCUUAAUGGACGCAAAAUCAGCCCCACUGAGUUUGGCAACAAUCAGAAAGUCCAUCGUCCAAAUGAUGAUUGUGAGGACCCUUACGAAGUUGAAGAUGAAUCACUGGAGGCUGGGACUGUGCCGGAUUCAUGCAAGGAGUUUGAGACCACCUGUCACAGGAUGUUGAACUCAGAGUCCUGGAGCUCCUGCAACAAACUGAUUAACCCUGAACCCUACAUCCAGGCUUGUGCACAGGACAUGUGUGGCUGCACCAACAGUACAAGUGACUUCUGUGGCUGCAGCACACUAUCCGAGUUCUCUCGACAAUGUUCCCAUGCGGGAGGGCAGCCUCCCAACUGGAGGACACCUGAGUUCUGUGCUAAACAGUGUCCAUUCAACAUGGUUUAUGAAGAGAGUUAUUCCCCUUGCAUGGACACAUGCACACUCCCAGACACAAGUUCACUGUGUGAGGACCACAAAAUGGACGGCUGCUUCUGCCCUCCUGGAACUGUGUUUGAUGAUAUUUCCAAGAGAGGAUGCAUUGCUCAAUCUGAAUGUCAGUGCAAGCGAAACAAUAAAAUCUAUAACACCAGCGAGGUUUACCGACACGCUGAAAAAAACUGUACAUGUUUUGAGGGUAGAUGGGCGUGUGAGAGCCUUCAAACAUAUGCUACCUGUGCAGUCGAAGAGGGUUCACAUGUAACUUCCUUUGAUGGGAAAACCUACACCUUCCACGGAGACUGUUACUACACGCUAGCCAAAGUGCAAUGCAAGGAUGUUGCAAGUCCAAACUUUACCAUCCGGGCCCAGUUGGUACCAUGUAAAAGCCAAGAGUUUGACACUUGUUUGAAGAACCUUAAAAUCGUGCUGAACAAUGACAGAAACAAUGUGUUAAUGUUCACUUCUGAGGGCACAGUGAAGCAGAAUAUGCAGACCAUCACUUUGCCAUACCACUCAGGUGACGUCAACAUAUUUCAAGCUUCAUCCUUUCACAUGUUGUUCCAGACCAGUUUUGGGUUGCAAAUUCAGAUCCAGCAUGUGCCUAUCAUGCAAGUGUAUGUCAGACUGGAACAGAGCUACAGAGCCAAGACACGUGGUUUAUGUGGGAACUACAACAUGGUUUUGUCUGAUGACAUGAAGACUCCUCAGGGGAUUGUGGAAGGAACAGCAUCAACAUUUACUAACUCCUGGAAAGCAAACCACGUGUGCAGAGACACAGAGGAAAGACUCGAUGACCCCUGUUCCCUCAGUGUGGAAAAUGAGAAUUAUGCCAAACACUGGUGUGCCUUGCUACUAAGUCCAAACACCACCUUUGCGCAGUGCCAUUCAGAGGUGGAUCCUGAGAUGUACUACAAGCGAUGUAUUUAUGCCAGCUGUAACUGUGAGAAGAGUGAAGCCUGCCUGUGUGCCGUCUUCUCCUCCUACACACAUGCUUGUGGAUCAAAGGGAGUGUUCUUGACUGACUGGAGAGAGAAUGUAUGUGAUAAAUACACAAGGAGCUGCCCAGCAUCCCAGAUCUUCUCAUAUAAGCAUCAGGGAUGCCAGUUGACUUGCAGAUCACUGGGCUCAAACCAGCAGAGCUGCACUUCUGACUUCUUGCCCUUGGAUGGCUGCUCCUGCUCUGAGGGUCACUACUUAAAUGAAAACAACAUCUGCGUCCCCACGGAAAAAUGUUCCUGCUACCAUAAUGAAGUCUACAUUAAGCCAGGAAAGUCUAUCAGCAUCAAAGACGAGCACUGCUUGUGCACCAAUGGAAUACUUCAUUGCCAUCCUCGGAGUGCCCGCUCAUCAAUAUGCACUUUACCAAAAGUAUUCUUCAACUGCUCCACUGCGGGCACAGGAGAGUUUGGACUUCAGUGUGCUCGAACUUGUUCAAAUCUGGACAACGAUGAUUGUGACUCCAUAGAGUGUAAAUCUGGCUGUCAGUGUCCAAGCGGCCUCCUUGAUGAUGGCAAAGGUUCCUGUGUGAAAGAAAAUGAAUGUCCAUGUCAGCAUGAUGGGAGUCUUUAUCCCCCUGGAACAAAAACCACUAAUCAGUGCAACAUCUGUACUUGCAAAGGUGGAAACUGGAACUGCACAGAGAAGAAAUGUCCAGGAACUUGCAUUAUUUACGGGAGUGGUCACUACACCACAUUUGAUCAGAAAACAUAUGGAUUUCAGGGACAUUGUGACUAUGUUGCUGUCAAGAACAAAUGUGGGAAUAAAACGGUGCAGGACAACUUUAAAGUUAUCACAGAAAAUGUACCAUGUGGAUCUACAGGCACCACAUGCACCAAAACUGUCAAAGUCCAACUCGGGCGAAUGGAAGUCAAAAUAUCAAUGGGUAAAUAUGAAGAGGAGGACCUGGGAAAGGGCUCUCAUAUUCAGUACAAAAUGAGGAAGGUUGGCUUGUAUCUGGUGAUAGAAUCUGCCAUUGGUCUGACGGUUAUUCUGGAUAAAAAAACAACUGUUCGCAUCCUCCUGGACCCAAAGCACAGUGGAGAGGUAUGUGGCCUGUGUGGAAAUUUUGAUGGUGAUGCACAAAAUGACUUCACCACCAAUGGUCAGCUGACAGUGAGCAAUCAGUUAGAAUUUGCAAACAGCUGGAAAGUGUCAAGCAGCUGCAUAGAUAUGGAUAUGAAUGUUGACCCUUGUGUCGAAAGAAACAAUAGACACACAUGGGCAAAAAAGAAGUGCAGCAUUAUAACUGGAGACAUAUUCAAAGAGUGCCAUAAAAAGGUAGAUUACCAUACAUUUCAUGAAAACUGUGUGAAAGACUCAUGUGCCUGUGACACUGGAGGAGACUGUGAGUGUUUCUGCACAGCAGUUGCAGCUUAUGCCCAAGCUUGUAUUGAAGCUGGUGUCUGUAUUGCAUGGAGAACUCCAGAAAUAUGUCCUGUCUUUUGUGAUUAUUACAACAGCCCAAAAGAAUGCAAGUGGCACUACCACUCUUGUCACACACCUUGCUACAAGACGUGUUUGAAUCCUCAAGGAAUUUGUAGCAAUCAUAUUCCCAACCUGGAAGGUUGUUACCCUGUAUGUCCAGAGGAUAAACCCAUAUUUAAUGAGAAGAGCAACAUGUGUGUGGAGACAUGUGAAACUACUACCACUACUACAACUGAAACACCAACUACAACCACAAGGUCUACAACACCACCA